ACGUAUUUGCCUAAAGUAAUGCUUUUUAUUCACACGGAGCGACACACAGGCGAAAGGAAACUUAAAAAUGGGACUGAGGGAUGAGCUUUUAAAGCCAAUCUGGCACGCUUUCACCGCCUUAGAUUUGGACAAAAGUGGGAAGGUGUCUAAAUCGCAAUUGAAGGUGCUGUCUCACAACCUGUGCACGGUAAUGAGGAUCCCCCAUAACCCUGUGGCCCUGGAGGAGCACUUCAAAGACAAUGAUGAGGGCCCCGUGUCCACCCAGGGGUACAUGCCCUACCUAAGCCGCUUCAUCCUGGACAAGGUUCAUGACAACUUUGACCGCUUUGAACUCAAUAAGAUGUGCUGGACCCUGUGUGUCCGCAAGAACCUCAACAUGAACCACCUGCUCAUCACAGAUGAGGAUGCCUUCAAUAUUUGGUGUGUCUUCAACUUCCUGUCAGAGGACAAAUACCCCCUGGUCAUCGUCAUUGAGGAGGUUGAGUACUUCCUGCGGAGGCUGACAGAGGCCAUGGGGGGCAGCUGGGAGGAGGAGCGCUUCCAGAGCUACAGGACGCAGCAGAGCAGCCGGCAGAAGGGCCUCAGUGCCUGGGAGUUCAUUGAGCUGGUGGGCUUGGGCCACUUCAGCAGGGGCAUGCACCGCCAGACCCUCUCCAUGGGCAUCCGCGAAGUCUUCCGGGAGCAUGUCCUGGAUGUUCUCAAACAGGGCUACAUGAUGAAGAAGGGUCACAAAAGAAAAAACUGGACAGAGCGCUGGUUCGUGCUGCAGCUCAGCUCCGUCUCGUACUAUGUGGGCGAGGAUCUGUCGGAGAAGAAAGGAGACAUUUUACUGGAUAGGAGCUCGUGUGUUGAGUCUUUACCAGACAGGGAUGGGAAGAAGUGCCUCUUUAUUAUCAAAUGUUCUGACAAAAGCUUUGAGAUCAGUGCCUCUGACACAAAGAAGAAGCAAGAAUGGAUGCAAGCCGUCCAGUCCUGCAUCCAGGCGCUGAGGGGCGGCCAGCCCUCCCCGCACUACACAGCCCGACAGCAGCGCAGGGAGCUGCGCCGCAGGCUGAAGGUGGAGCAGGACCAGAUGCAGGAGGGCAUGCGACAGCUGCAGGUUGCUAAUGAGCGCAAGCAGCGGGAGGUGGAGGCCAUGAGAAAGAAACUGCAGGAUGCAGCUGCUAGCGCCGCCCUGGAGGAGCGCAGGAGAAUGCAGACGCAGCAGGAGCUACAGGAGCGCCACCGCACAGACCUGGAGAGGGAGAAAAUGGUGCGGCAGCAGAUGGAGCAGCAGGUGGCGCAGAAGUCGAGCGAGCUGGAGCAGUACCUCCUGCGUGUGCGUGAGCUGGAGGACAUGUACCACCGCCUGGAGGAGGCGCUGGAGGACGAGAGGCAGGCCCGGCAGGACGAGGAGAACAUGCGCAAACUGCAGGCCAGGCUUCUGGAGGAGGAGGCCUGUAAGCGAGUGGAGUUGGAGCAGCUCCACAUGCAGCAGCAGCAGGCCAUGUCUCAGACGGAGGCAGAGAAACAGCAGCUGAAGAAGGAGCGGGUGGAGAAGGAGAGCGCACUCCGGGCGGCCAUGAUGCAGCUGGAGCAGCUGGAGGAUGAGAGGAAAGGAGCCCUGCAGCAGUAUGAGCAAGUGACAAAGAAACUGGAGAAGGCAACAGACAAGACCAGGAGUUGGAAGGACAAGGUGGCGCAUCACGAGGGUCUGAUUCACCUCAUCCAGCCAGGUGGGAAGGGGCCACAGAAAAUCACAAACUGGGGGCCAGCGGCCUUCAGUGAGGCCGAGCUGAACCUGAGGGAACAAGAAUGGCAGCAGCAGAAGAACCGGCCGCCUAGGCCACCCAAGCCCCAGUAGAGCCUGUACCUGACCCAACACAGCGCUGAUCCAACCCUGCUGCAGCACCGCGACAGUGUGGUACAGCUGCCUCCAUGUAUCAGAAAGAAUAUUUCAUAACCGGAAUCUUACGUUAACUCCAUCGCCAUUGCACUGAUGUUGCUGAUUCUGUACUAGCCAUAACUUGUAGGAGUUGAAUAUCUAGCCCACAGCUGCCAGUACAAAACAGUCGAUCAAUGAAAACCCAACAGCACAGGAUGUGGGAGUAUAUUCUUAAUAUGACCUCCACAACCUGAUACUAUCUUUUUAGAUUCUGCUUAUAUGUCAUAAUUUUGCCAGGCUGUUUUAGACAUAUUUUAUGCAUUUCAUUUUUAUUUAAUUUGUGACACAUGCCUUAGCUUUUUCAUCUUUCAUAAUAACUGUGAAAUAAUCUAUUACAAUUAGUUACAUUUUAUGUAGUGCUAUCAGAAAGAUUUCAGUUUCAGGUUUUUUUUCUUCCCAUUUUUCAUAAUGUAUGAAGGAUCUGUGUAGGCAUUUUUAUUGUUAAAUUAUUCAGGGUUUUGUCAGCAUAUUCAGUAUUUCAAGUUAAUACAUAUUCUUUAAUAUUAUGCCACUGUACUUAUUCUACUACAAAUGAGGAUUUUAAUGGGUUUGAAAUAUUUAAUUUUUUCCAAGUAUAUGAGAUAAAACUCAUGAAGCUGGUAUUUUAUUAUUUAUAUGGUUAACCUUUGUGGUGAAAGAUCAAACAGAUCCCCCCCAAAUAUUAAAUGUGCAAAUAUAGCUUCGCUUA